CACACCGCCUGCUCGCCCCAGCUCCACGUCCAGUUCAACGCUAUCAGCUGCUUUCUCAAAGAGGCUUUGGAGCAUCUGUGGAUGGUUUAAGACCACGGUUGCAUUGUCCCUCAUACAAACAUGUCGGGGAUGAACAUUGAUAAGCUGCAUCGAUCCACCAUGAGGAUUUACUCGAGCUUGAUGGAUGAGUUCAACCCAAGCCUGCAGAAACUGGUCUCACUGGGUGACAGCUACAUCCGUGCUUUUCAGGCGCUUGCUGUAACAAGUGAGGCCUACUUUAGUGCACUUUCUAACAUCGGAGAAAGUGCCCUGCACACGGCGUCAUCACGCUCCCUGGGAGACGUCCUGAUUCAGAUCUCUGAGACCCAACGGCGGCUCACGCUGGAGGUGGAUGGAAUGUUCCGCUGGUUCAGUACGGAGGUCCUUCGGGAGAUGGACACUAACAUUAAAAUGGACAAAGAUUACAUAUCGGGCAGCAGGAAGCAAUACGAGAUGGAAGUCAACAACCAGGCAGCAGCUCUGGAAAGACAGCUGAGGAGAGGAGAAAAAAAGGAUUGUAGCGAUUAUAUGCAGUUCCUCAGGGAGAGCAACAGCGAGGCCCAGCAGGAGGAGGAGAGGCGCUACCGCUUCCUGUCGGAGAAACACUGCGGCCUGAUACAAUGCAUCGCCAAACUCAUGAACAAGACAGGAGGAGCCCUCCAGCAGACAGCCGAUGCCUGGGCCAAGGAGGUCCAAGCUACCAGAGGACACGAGGCCAGACGACCUGCCGGAGUUUCUAGAGGGAUGAAGGAGGAGGAGAUGAGGAGGAGAGGAGAGGAGCUGUCACUUGGCAACGUCCCUUCAAGGGCUCCGUCUCCCCAGGGAAGCAUUUCCCGGCCAACAGGAAGCAGACCCUCGAGGGCCCGGGUGUCCCACCAGCCCAGUGGCUCAAACCCCACCUUGCUGCCCUUCACCAGGGGAGAGAUGAUCACCGUGCUGGUCCAGCAGCCCAGAAACGGCUGGCUGUACGGACACGUUCACGGAAGCUCGCGUGAUGGAUGGUUUCCAGCCACCUAUGUGGACGCAUUGGAUGACCCUCCAGAGACAUUCAGCUUUCGAAGUUCCUCUCUCAAAAGCAGCAGCAUCAUGGGAGACGUGCCAGACCAACCAAGAAGCAGCAGCCACAGCGGAGCUCCGCCCCCUCCGGCCCCACCCCCUUUAUCCUCAUACAAACAGUAUGAGAAGCAACCCAUCACACCGACACCCGAAAAAAAGGCCGAGGCUAAUUCAGAAACAAAGAGAUCAGAACCACAUGGAUCCCAGCCGCAGCUGUUCCCCAGGGGCACCAACCCGUUUGCCACAGUCAAGCUGAAGCCGACGUCCACCAAUGACAGAUCGUCCCCGCGUCUAUAUCGCCGAUGACAUCUUCCCCCCGAAAAACAUGUUGUGUGCUUUACAGCGUUGAGCACGACAACUCGUUCUUGUCUGUUUUUUUUUCUUCUAAAACAGCACUCGGUUCGCUAAGAGACACACAAAGCUGGAGAAAGAAGACAGAGGAAGUGCAUGAAUAUUUGAUCAUUUUUGGGUUCGCAGUAGGACUGUAGAUGUAUAUUUUUAGAUCUUGGUAAACUACACAGGCAUUUGUUUUUAUAGGCAACACUGGUUUUCUUGUUGACUUUUUCAGAAUUGACUCUUGUUUUAACAUUUGUAUGAAAGUAAACCACUAUGUAACGAAUGGGUUCAUGUAAGGUAAAUCAGGUACUUACAUAGUUUUAAAUUAUCAUUAUCAUUACCAUUAUUCUGAUGAUAAAAUAUAUGAGAAUUACUUAUAUUAUUCACUUCGGUCUCCAUUUUUCUGUGGUCCGCCUGGAGACAAAAAUCCAACACUUUGUAUUUGCUUUACUUAUUUACUUUGGGGAUUUACUUUUACUUAGGGUAGGGAAAUUCCGGGAAUAUUUAUAGUUCGAAGCUUUCCAUGGGAGUUAACAGGAAUAUAGAAUUACCUGGAAUAAACUGGAAAUUUUGGGGGUAAUCUAACUGUAUUUACCUCGCCAUGUGGGACAGAAGAACAUUUUGUUUGGCCAUAAGCAGACAUGCAUGCAAACAUUCCUAAUAGCAAUUAAAAAAUUUUUGGCAGAUAAUGUUCCCAACUGGCUGCAUCCACGGUGCAGCUGAGAUGGGCUUGCAUGGUCUCAGCUACAUUUUAGUUCCGUAUUAUAUGCUUUUGCAAAAAAAGGUCUUAACUUCCCAUAGAAAGUUUCCAAAAAGUCCAGCCCCGUUUUAACCCUACUCUUUCCUUCUUAUUAUUUUUUAAGGAAAACAAUACUGAGCCAUAAUCAUGAUGUCAUACCGUCUUCGUGGCAUCAUGUAAUUACUUUAUUUUAUUCAGCUUUCUCAGGUGUAAUUUUUUUUUUACGGAUUUCGUAAUGAUGACAUUGA